CGGGCUGCCGGUGCUGAACCUCGGCUUGUGAUUGCUUUUGCUAGCCAUCGCCUUUUCGACCAUCCGGCGCGCUGCGCUUCCCAACUCCAAAGAUCCGAUCAUCAUCAAGUGCCCGGAGGGAACUGGUCAAACGAAAGCUGCCUCACAAACACAAUCUGAAAUGGCCAUCCGCGAGGAUCUGGUCGCGUCGGCGGUCAAGUUCCUACAGGACCCUAGCGUUUCCUCAUCUCCAGUCGAGAAGAAAGUCGCUUUUCUUCAAGCCAAGAACCUUACGCAAGAAGAAGUGAACGCUGCGCUCGCGCGAGCAGGUGCUCCUGUUCCGGCACAGGCAUACCCGCCCCAAUCGACAUCGGCCGUUGCGCAACCGCCGCAAUACUAUGGACAAUACCCGCCGCAGUAUCCCCCUUAUGGGUGGCAACAACCGCCCCCGCAGCCAAUUCCGCGACGGGACUGGAGGGAUUGGUUCAUCAUGGCGACGGUGGUGAGCGGCGUGUCAUACGGGCUUUAUAGCUUAGGAAAGCGCUAUGUUUACCCCUUGGUUUCACCACCUACCCCAGAACGGCUAGAGCAGGACAAGAAGUCGAUCGACGAACAGUUUGAGAAGACGUUUUCCCUCGUCGAUCAGCUAGCCAAGGACACCGAGACCCUCAAGACGGCAGAGAAGGAGCGCACGGAAAGGUUAGACACGGCGCUUGUCGAACUCGAAACGACCAUCAGCCAGCUCAAGGCGGCGAACAAGAGACGCGACGACGAAUCGCAGCGGGUGCGGGACGACGUGCAGAACCUCCGGGACUCGAUCCCGCGCGGGCUCAACAACCAGAAGGACCUGACCGACACGAGGCUGCGCGAGGUCAACGCCGAGCUUAAGAGCCUCAAGACCCUUAUCACGCAGCGCAUGAACCCGACCGCGACGUCGGCCAGCGUCGGCAACUACAUGCGCCCGACGGUCAGCGGCAGCGUGACGCCGAGCAGCCCGGCCACUACCCCUGCGCCGACGGUAGAGGCCACGGCCAAGCCGGAAGCGACGCCCGCUCCUCAAGACUCUUCUGCCAAUGCGCCCCGUGCCUCGCCGUUCAGCAGCGGGAUGCAGGCUAAGGCGUCGAUCCCGGCGUGGCAGAUGAUGGCGGCUAAGAGCGCCGAGUCGCCCAGCACACCGCCCGUGAAUGGCACCGACGCAAGGAGCAGCAGUGGGGCUCAGGAAGCUUCGGGAAGCGCAUGAGCGGGUACUCGGUAAUGGGGCAGAGGGCGGGAAGGGAUUGGGGGGCGGAAUGCAUCGCAAUAUCUGCGCGAGCUAGAUGUGUACAUUAUGCUGUAAUGGCUAUUGAAAGACAGGCUGUUUUCUCAUGGUGAUCGGGAAUUUGGGGUUCAUCGGAUAUUGACUAUGGGACGGUUUUGAGUUCGAAGGCUACGAAAUAUUCGGGACCCAAAAAGCUGCCGCAGGAGUGGGUGCAAACAACAAACUCUUGGCAGCGCUCUUCGCUGAUACGCGGCUUGGUGAGAUGAAGUUGAUGCAGUGCAAGCGAUCUCAGCUCUGCAUGAUAGAAGUGAGUUAUUCCUAACUUGGCAAUUCUUGCGCUCUUGCCAGCUCUCCUCCAGAAUGUAGGCAUGCACAUCGCGGCGCAUUGUUUCCGGCGUGGCGAUCCGGAGUCAGUCCCUUGAAGGGAAGGCUUGCGAAAGCCGGAUUCGUUGAUUC